CACAAGCAGCAGCCUUGCUAGCCACCACCAUGUACGUAGUUUUGAUCUGUAUAACGGUAACAUGAAGCCGCCGUAAUGUCUGGAACUGAUAUGUCAGGUGUGCUCAGCAUCUUAAGGUCACUGUAUCGGAACACACAGACACUGGAGGAGUUUGCGGACAGCAUCGUGUACAAAGAAGGGAAGAGGGCAAUUAUCGUGGAGCCGUCAGAUACGGACCGCUUUAAAUCGUUUGUCAGGGGUGUUUUUGUGUGCUAUGAUAAGGAGCUACAGCAAGUUCCGAGCUGCAGCCAGAUUUCUACUCUCCCAGAACUCCUGGCCUAUGUUCUGAACAAUCUGAAAAGAAAAAGGAAAAGAAAUGUCUUGGCACAUGGCUACAAUUUUUUGACUCUGGCACAGGAGGAUCGGAAUGCAGACCAGUUCAAAUUCCAAGGGGAUAUAACACAGAGUGCUGCAUACAUUCAUGGAAGUGACCUGUGGAAGAAAGUCACAGUACGUCUUGGUACAGACAUCACACAAUACCUCCUUGCAAGCUGCACCAUAUUUGUGGCAGUCCCUCCUUCGUGUGUUUUCCAGGUGUGUGGGGUUCCAAUAUAUGACAGAGUCUCCAUGACCAAUGCCUCUAGUGGAUUUUAUCUCCAGCCACGAUUCAGGAAACGCAACUGCCCUCAGUUUGGGAGAAAUCAAAGUUCAGUGUAUUUGAAAAGGAGACACUUUGAUCAGAAUCCUGCUGUGAGCAAGAGGAAGAAGAGAAGAGAUGAAAGAGAGAACAAGAGAAAAAGAAAGAGAGAAUCUGAGCAGGAUGAGGAGACCAUGACUUUCUCAAGAAAGAGGAGAAGGAUAGCAUGCCAAGAAAAUAAACAAGAAGUACAACAGGUUGGCUGUAAAACAGUGGAAGAAAGACAACUCAUGUCUGUGGAGUCGACUCCGUCUAGGAAGAUUGGGGAAAGUAGUUCAACUGAAUUUAAACAGCUUGUUGAAAUACCAACAACCUACUCGGAGGGUGGUCCCAGUUGGAGAUCAGGGGUUUUCCCCCCUUUGCCACCAUCACAGUGUUUUAUCCGCACUUUGGGAUUCCUGUAUGGUGGUAGGGGUCUGCAUGGGUUCCUUCUAAACAGGAAGAAGAGUGCUGAUGGAUCCAGAAGAUUACAAGGGAAAGAUUUGGUGAGGGUGGUCUUCUUUGAGGGUUUGGCGUAUUUAAAUGGUCUGGAGAGGAAGCCAAAAAAACUCCCCAGACGUUAUUUCAACAUGGUUCCUCUGUUUAGUCAGCUGUUAAAGCGACACAGGAGGUGUCCAUAUAGCAGAAAUCUGCAGAGGAUGUGUCCAGUGGCUGCGGUGAGCAGUGCAGGGCAGGGAGAGUUGAACUCCCUUUUACCAAAGCACUGUGCACCUUUUCGGGUCUACCUAUUUGUCAGGGAGUGCCUUUCUGCUGUCGUCCCGCAAGAGCUGUGGGGCUCCGAUCACAACCGGCUUCAUUUUUUCAUCAGAGUGAAAAACUUCCUGCACAGUGGCAAGUUUGAAAGGCUCUCAUUGGCUGAACUGUUGUGGAAGAUGAAGGUGAAUGAUUGUAAUUGGUUGAAGAGGAGUAAGACUGGCCGCAUCCCACCCAGUGAACUCGCACUUCGGACACAGAUCCUGGGUCAGUUCUUAGCUUGGCUCUUGGACUGCUAUGUUGUUGGCCUCGUCCGAGCAUGUUUCUACGCCACAGAGAGUGUGGGGCAGAAAAACGCCAUCAGGUUCUACAGACAGGAAGUUUGGGCCAAACUUCAAGACUUUGCUUUCAGAGGUCACCUUGCUAAAGGCCAGAUGGAGGAGUUGUCUCCAGCUCAAGUGGCCUCACUGCCCAAAAACACCGUCAUAUCCCGCCUUCGCUUCAUCCCGAAAACGGAUGGCAUGAGGCCCAUCACACGAGUCAUAGGAGCAGAUGCCAAAACAAGGCUUUACCAGGGGCACGUCCGGGACUUGCUGGAUAUGCUCCGGGCCUGUGUGCACUCCACUCCCUCUCUUCUCGGCUCCACGGUGUGGGGCAUGACAGAUAUCCACAGGGUGUUGGUCUCACUGGCAAAAGCCCAGAAGGACAAACCACAACCUCUCUACUUUGUUAAGGUGGAUGUCAGUGGAGCCUAUGAGAGCCUACCACAUGGGAAACUCAUAGAGGUGAUUAGCCAGGCCCUGUCACCUGUCCAGGAUGAGCUCUUUACCAUCCGCCGCUAUGCCAAGAUCUGGUUGGAUUCCAAUGAAGGCCUGAAAAAGGCCUUUGUUAGACAGGCAGAUUUCCUGGAGGGCAACAUGGGAUCCACUAACAUGAAAGGAUUCCUGAUGUCACUGCAGAAACGCGGCAAAGUCCAUCACUCCAUCCUGGUGGAGCAGCAUUUCUGCUCAGAUCUCCGUGGCAGAGAGGCUUUGCAGUUCUUCACCCAAAUGCUAACCGGCAGUGUUGUUCAGUACGGGAAGAAGAUGUAUCAUCAGUGCAGAGGGAUUCCUCAGGGGUCAGUUGUGUCCAGUCUGCUCUGCUGUCUGUGCUACGGCCACAUGGAAAAUGUCUUGUUUAAAGGCAUCAUUGAAAACAAAGGACGCGUGAUGAGACUUGUGGAUGACUUUCUUCUUAUCACUCCAGACCAACAUGAAGCACAAACCUUUCUCAAGAUCUUACUGGCUGGAGUACCAGAGUAUGGUGUGGUGGUCAACCCACAAAAAGUGGUGCUCAACUUCCAAGUACCAGGAAGCGUGGGCUCUUGUUCCAGCAUUCGCAUGCUGCCUUCUCACUGCCUCUUUCCCUGGUGUGGACUGCUGCUUGACACCCACUCCCUGGAUGUUUAUAAAGACUAUUCUAGCUACGCAGGCCUCUCUCUGCGCUACAGCCUUACUUUGGGCUCUUUCCACUCAGCUGGACAGCAGAUGAAGAGGAAGCUGAUGGCCAUCCUCAGACUCAAAAGCCAUGCCCUCUUCUUGGACCUGAAGACCAAUUCUCUUGAGGCGGUCUACAAGAACAUCUACAAGCUGGUGCUGCUGCAAGCAUGCAGGUUUCAUGUGUGUGCCCAAAGUUUGCCCUUUGGUCAGGUGGUUGCUAAGAACCCAGCUUACUUCCUGCAGAUGAUAUGGGACAUGGCUCAAUAUGCCAAUAAGCUAAUCAGGUUCAGCAACAAAGGAAUGUUUUUGGGUUGCAAAUCCCAGACAGGUGUUGUCCAGUAUGAGGCGGUGGAGCUGCUUUUCUGUCUGUCCUUCCUACUGGUGCUGUCACAGCACCGUCCACUCUACAGAGAUCUACUGACACACCUCCACAAACGGAAACGCAGUCUGGAGCAUCGUCUCGGGGAUCUGAGGCUUGCCAGGGUUCGACAGGCCACAAACCCAAGGACUCCUGUCGACUUCUUGGCCAUCCAGAAAUAGAAAAGCAUCUAAAUCCAUUAGCAGCGCUCAACACAACCACAGAAAAAUACUAUAGAUCGGUAGUGAAUUAAAAAAAGUUCAAAAUUUAACUGAAAAUAUGAGCCUGAUGACUUGAAACCUUUCCUUUGUCCACUUUUCAAGUUUCCUCAGGGUGAGACGAGCAGCAUGCUGAAUUGAAGUACUCGGAUUUAUGUGAUCUGUAACUCUGCCAAACAAAUGUCAUUUAUCCGACAGAGUGGAAAAUGGAGUUAUAAACCUCUGUCAUAAACACAUUUUAUAAAACAACAGAACAAUAAAGAUGGAACAUUUGAAAAUCAUCCAUCUAGUGUGGUCAAAAAGGUGUCAUUCCACAUCUGUUGGUGCCUCUGGACAUUGAUUUACAGAGUGUGGUAGUUUUCCACAAGGAAGGAACAUCAUAUUGAAAUAAUGUACAUGUUCAUCAGUUGAGAUGGCUUUUGCGAUGUAUUCGAAUAGUUCCACGGAAAAAUGUUUUUUGACCUGUGCA